AUGCAACUUUUCGGCAGCCCGAGCCUGCUUGCGAUCAUUUGCAACUGCUUACGACUACGGUCGAGACGGAGGAAGUUGUGCCGAGAGGCAGAUGAAACCAGCUCCUUGGAACGACUCUCGGCCCACUUGACCGAGAAGAUGCUCCUCGUCGAACGGUCUCCCCUCAGCCUCGCAACUCACGCAAGGCAACAAGUCCGGGCACAUCUUCGCCCCUGCAGAUUGGCAGCACCACCAGUCACUUUUGCACUUACGUGUUACUGUCUACAUGUGUUUGACCCUGUCAUAGACGAAAUACGCGGUCGCCAUGACAGUUAA